UACCCUACGCUGUGCGAUACAGUUCGCAUUUGGGAGUAUAAAGACACCGUGGCAAGCACUUCAAUGUUGCAGUAUAUUCAACAUCAACAGUUUCGACAAGACGAUCUCGGCGCUCUGCUGUUGUGGUUACUUAAAUACAAAAAAAAUGGCAGUUAAGUUUGUCAUUGUGACUUUUGCAUUGGUUUUCUGUUGUGCGGCUCAACUGGUAGAAGACGAAGGUGAAUCUCCCAAACCAGAGGAACCCGAUGAAAGCUAUUACAGUUAUGGACUGUUGGUAACCAAACUAGAUACUCUCAAAAAGAAGUUAGCAAAAUUAGACAAUAUUGAACGAAAGCUAAACAAAUUGGAUGAUGUAGAACAACAGUUAUCCAGAAUAGAGCAGACAAUGGCGAAUAGUGUAUUCGAGUCAUGUUCGGCAGAACCAUCCAAAAUGUCGGGGAAAUAUCGGCUUCAACCCAAUGUCUACGAACAAUCGUUUGUGGGUUUUUGUGAGCAAGAAAAAUAUGGUGGUGGAUGGCUCGUAAUUCAACAUCGUUUCGAUGGAUCGGUUAAUUUCUACCGCAACUGGACGGACUAUAAAAAUGGAUUCGGAAAAAUUGAUGGAGAAUUCUGGAUAGGACUUGAAAGGCUGCACAAGUUGACAAAGGAUAAAAAUGUGGCUCUAAUGGUGGAAAUCGAAGACUACGAUGGCAAUUAUGGUUUUGCCCGUUAUGAAAAUUUUGAAAUUGGUGGUGAAACUGAAAAAUAUGUGCUCAAACGAAUAGACGGCCAUUCAGGAUCUCUGCAAGACUCAAUGAGUAACACCAAGGGAAGCAUGUUCACAACUCGAGAUAGUAAUAAUGACAAAAACGGAAGCGCUAAUUGUGCACAACUAGAAAAGGGAGCUUGGUGGUAUAAUAAUUGUAGCCAUACUAAUCCAAACGGGCCAUUCCAAAAGCAAGGAGCUUGGCAGAAAAUUUACUGGUAUAAGCACGAAGGCGGAGUUCAAUUAAAGUUCUUCAGAAUGAUGAUCAAAUAAACAUAAUUUUACAAAAAUAGUGCAUAGCUUUUGUAGUACAUUCCUUAUAUCAAAUGAUCCCUCAUUGAUUGAUAAGCAUUGAAACGAAAUUGAAGUGAUAUAUCACUGCAUUUCGCACUCAUACCAUCUAGCAUAAAUACCUUUCGUGGCAAUAGAAUUCCAAUUGUUUUGGCAGCACGGGGACGGCAACCUGUUUUUUUCACUAUGGAGUUUGACAGGUUGGAUUGUGCCUCCUUACGUGAAGCAUAAAUUUAUGCUCCAGCCAAAACAUUCACCAACCCAGUCGUGAAAUUUGAAUGUUUACCUUUUUACGAGGGAUAUUGGUGCAAAACGCUUGCAACGCAUUGAAUCUGAUAAAAGUGUUGAUCAUGAAAAAGCAGCAUAUUUGAUAAUUUUCAAUUUGAGAUUGUCAAUGUUUAGGUAAAGUUCCUACAAAGAGUGGAAAUUUUUUGUGAAAAGACGCACAACACCCUUUUUCGCAAACAUUGUUUGCCAAAGUGCGUUUUUCCUCAUUUUCUCCCGCUGCUGUAUUGAGUGCAUGUUGGUAUUAGUGAGCUCUGGUUGCGCAUGAUAAGCGGCAACAAAAUCAGAUCACCAUAGCACCCCCUUGUUUGGCAGGCUUCUGGUUUGGGCUGAAAUAUAAACGACUCAUAAAAAGUGAUCAUUUUCCAUAACAAAAUCAGAAAGAGACAAACCAGCCAAGGGCUGACAGUCUCUGAAAUAAAGACAAAUCAAUCAACAAAACCAGAUAUUGCCAAUUAAGAAGUAGGAGUGGGAGCAUUACUAAACUACAAAAUGUUUUUUUUUUAAUUCUUUAUAUUUGUGGAUUUUAUCUUAAGCUAAUUCUUCACACACUACAAAAUGUCCAUAAGCAAAUCAAAAAGUGCAUAAAUAAAUCAAAAGUUGUACUAGCUUCGGCUGAACAUGUACUAAAAUUGGAAAGAUACAGAGAAGAUUAGCAUGGCCCCUGCGCAAGGAUGAUACGCAAAAUCGUGAAGCGUUUUACAUUUUUUGAGAAACGCGGCUCGGUCGAAAACUUUAAGCGGUACGCUUCCCUUAAAAGCAAGUUCAAAAACUUGGUCAAGGCGAAGAAAAGCGGUUAUUGGCGUCGGUUCGUCGAGGAUUUGUCGCGCGAGUCUUCAAUGAGAACUCUUUGGAACGUCGGGAGAAGAAUGCGUAACGCGUCGUCGGUAAACGAGGAUCGAGAAAGCUCUCCUCGGUGGAUUCUCAAGUUCGCAAAAAAAGUUUGUCCAGAUUCCGUACCCGUGGAGCGAAUAAUUCGGGAUGUUUCCGAAGAUAGGAACGACAUGGAUAGGCCGUUUUCGAUGGUUGAAUUCUCACUUGCUCUUUUUUUUUCAUGUAACAAUUCCGCUCCAGGAAUGGAUCGAAUUAAGUUCAACUUGUUUAAAAACCUCCCCGACGUCACUAAGAGGCGCUUGUUGAACUUGUUCA